UCAACAGCACUUUCAGUUGAUAAAAUGAUAGUUCGAUUUUUUAGUCGUACGAGCUUGAAACAGUAUCUGCCUUGCAAGCCUGAUCGAUAUGGGAUAAAGCUCUGGGGCUUAUGUGCAGCCAAUGGAUAUCUAUUCAAUUUAGACGUUUAUUGUGGCAAAAAUGAUCCAAGCAUUGGAAUAAAUUUAUUGGCGUGUGCACUUGGCUCCAGAGUUGUUUUACAAAUGAUCAAUCCACUUCUCAAUGGCCUUUCGCGAAAAAAAUUAUCUGAUUAUCAUCUGUAUUUUGAUAAUUUCUUUACCAGCCCAGAUUUACUCAUCCACCUGUAUAAAGGUGGUUUACGAUCAACAGGAACUGUCCGUAAAGCCAGAGUGAAAGAAAAGCAUGAAUUUGCAAAAAAUGAUUCAUGUGGUAUCACUUCCAUAACCCCAGUGAAAAGAUUUUCACGAGCUGCUCAAGAGAGAGUAGAACGAGGAUUUCCUCGGGCUUUUUCUUUGUAUAAUAAUUACAUGGGAGGGGUAGUUUCGCACGAUUUCAGAUGCAAAAAAUAUAUACUUGCGUCUCGUAUGGAGUUCUGUGCUGGCACUGUUAGAGUAAUAAGACGUUGGAUGCGAAGAGAAGAAUUCUCGAAACAUGAGACCGAACCACGGACGGGCAAGGAAAAAGCAGCGAAGUGCUUCUUCAAACUGCUUGUCAGGGCGAGGAAAAAUGAAGAAUUGCAAAAUUGGGUGGCAUUCAUCGUGGCUCGUCGGUACGAAUUGCACUUGAAGGGUGGUAUUUUUGUUGAAUAA